AUGCAACGGCACAAUCAUUGCGGCAGGUACCCGACCCAGCUGCCUCUGGGCGACGGUGUCCGCACCCUGAUCGUUGGCGGAUACGCAAACGGCGAGACGGGCACGCCCACUCCCUCGAUCGAGAUCUUCGAUUUCCUCAACAACACUGUCACCACUUUGUCCCGGGUGCCAGAGCUGGUGUCCCUCGGCGGCCUGAUCCUCAACCCCAUUGUGAUCCAGCUGCCCUGGACCGACGACAUUCUGCCGGCCGGCAGCUUCCCGCUCCUCCUGUUUGGCGGCAACGCUGGCCAGGUCAUGUUUGCCAGCCCAGACAACCAGGUCAAUGCUCUCAGGGACCUGCCCCCCUGGCCCACGCCCGGCUUUGUUAGCGCGCUGUCUGCUGCGGGCGGCCACACCCUGCUGACUCUGGAGCCCGAAAACGGCUACGCCGCUGAGCUGGCAAUGUUCGGCGGCACCACGCUGUCCGGCGGUGAGGCGACUCCGCUUCAUAGAGCAACCAUGCCGCGGCGCUUGCCGGGCAGCUGCGCACCGUGA